AUGGCCCUCCGCCCCUCCCUCCCCGUUCUCUCCUCCAACGUGGCCUCCUCAUCGCGCGCGUGGCUUGCGCGUCAAGCACGAGACCCGUAUGUGAAGGCGCGCCUUGCAGCGCCCCAGAACUACCGCUCGCGCUCCGCGUUCAAGCUGCUCGAACUAGACAAGAAGUACAACCUCCUCGCGCACCGCGACGUUCGCACCGUCGUCGACCUUGGCGCUGCGCCCGGAGGGUGGAGCCAAGUGGCCGCGGCACAACUGGGAUGGGGCGAUCGUAUGGAGAAGGGGGCAAUGGGCAGCGGCGCGGGCGUCCUCCCCGCGGUCGGGCGACCACCAAAGAAGCACGCGAAGGUCAAGCAGUCCAAGCGGAGAGGCAAGGGCCGAGAGCAGCUCCAGCAGCUCGGGGAAGAUGGCGCGGAGGCGGGCGAGGUGAGCGACCACGACGACGCCUGGCACGCGGUCCCCGUCGCGUCCGCGCCCGAGGUGGACUACACCGACCUGCUCGCGAACGACGGCUUCCCGCUCUCGCUCGACCCCGACCCCGCCUCCGUCGCAGAACCGCCCGCAGGGCGGGGACAGGUCAUCGCGGUCGACCUGCUCCCGAUGGACGGCCUGCGCGGGGUGCGCACGCUCCAGGCAGACUUCCUCUCUCAGCGCGCGGACGCGCUCAUCUCGGCGCUGCUCCCGCCGGGCGACGGCGCGGGCGGCGGGCGCGUGGACGUCGUGCUGUCGGACAUGGCGGCGAACUUCACCGGGAACGCGACGGCGGACAUGGAGGCGGGCGUGCAGAUCUGCGAGAGCGUGUUCGAGUUCGCGCGCCGGCACCUGCGGUCGGCGGAGAGCGUGCGGCGGACGAAGGGCGGGGUGCUCGUGUUGAAGCAUUUCAUGGACCGGACGUCGAUGAGUUUCCGACGGCAAUUCCUGGAUCCCAACUUCAAUGUCGUGGAGUUCGCAAAACCUCCGUCGAGCAGAGCGGAGUCUCGCGAAGGAUACUGGGUGUGCAUGGGAUGGAAGGGCAACCCUGGAUCAUGA